CUCCUGCCUAGCAGCACCCCUCACAAGGAGAGGCUUUUUUUUUUUACUUCAUGAUAACAGCUCCAAGUGACUACAUUAUUUCUCUCUCUCUCUCUCUAACCAACGGGGCGGGAGUUUAAGGAGCUGUCAUAUGUGUGUGCUGCCCUAUACUAGGCCUCCCUACUUACUUGCAAGCUAGGAGAGGGAGCGAGAGAAAAAAAACUUUGUAAACUCUGGCCAGCUGCUGUUCUACAUAAUAACACCAGUAUAGGUCCAGCCCAGUAAGCUGCGUCACUGUAUACCAAGAAAUCAACUGAGGAGACUGGAGUGAGCCUGGGAACAGACCCUCUGCUUGAAACAAUACCUCCUGCAAGGGAAAGGAGCUCACUCAUUGCUGCAGUGGAAGUGGCUGCUGAAAAGGGAUACAAUAGUGUAAGGCAGUGACUAACAAGCCAGGCAGCAUGGAGCUCCUGUGCUGUGAGAUGGACACUGUCCCUAGGGCUCAGACUGACCCCACUCUGCUGUUUGAUGACCGUGUCCUUCACAAUUUGCUCACCGUUGAGGAGAGGUAUCUGCCCCAGUGCUCCUACUUCAAAUGUGUGCAGAAGGACAUCCAACCCUUCAUGAGGAGGAUGGUAGCCACUUGGAUGUUAGAGGUUGGUGGAUAUAGAGAUGAUCUGUUCUGUACCCCUUUCUCUUACAGUAGGUGCAAAGUUAAAAAAGGGUAUACCCCCCUACCCCGACUUUCAGCUGACAGCCCUAACUUUGUUGCAAAAGAGUAAAAAAAAGGGGCAAUUCUUUGUAAAUUCUGGUGAUUAUUGGAUAUCGUUUGAAUGUCAAAAGAGUUCAAUUUUUAUUCUGUUCAAGGACUGUAUUGAAUGCUAUGUGAAUGCAUGGUGUGUUAUAGACAAUCAUUGCAUUCUAAGUUCUUUUUUAAGCAUUCCAUGCAAGAAUGUCACCUUUUUGUUUAUUCUAUGCAUGGCUGGUAUUUUGUUUGUAGACUUGAUGAGGUUUAACAUUCAUAGAGGACCCAAUAUUAUUUUUAUAAUUUUUUUUUUAGCAGCCCGAAUUUAUUAGACACAAGCUGCAUAUGUUCCUUUCAGUUUAUAAAAUGGUUAUCCAUAUCUCUCCCUGCAUUUUGUGCGUUGGUAUCUGUAGCCUGAAUCUAUUAUGCAUGUCGCUUAUUAAAAAAACAAAAAAAAACCUUUUAUUUUUCUAUAUAUAUAUUUUUUAUAGAGCAGUUUGGGUUCAUGCACGUGUUGCAGACUUUAUACUGUGCUGAAAGUUUGCUUGGCAGAGACAGGGUGUGGAGUGGAAAUUGCCCACAUUCUUGGGGAGUCUGGAAGGGCUUUUAUAGCCUUAUUACCUCUGGGGGGAGACAACGUGGUGUUGUCUGCCCCAUUGAGUACUCCUGCUUUCUCUCCCUCAGUGGCCUCCUUUGUGCCCACGUAUGCACAGGCUUCCCUUGCUUGCCCUGCCUGUGCCUCCAUGUUUUGUGCCUGCUUCAUCUCCUCCCCAGAAUCCUGUCUCCCCCAUGUAAUAGCUCCGUUUAAGGGACAUGGGGUGGAGGGGUUAUCAGUGGAGAUUUCCUACCACUAUUCCUUGAUAAUCAGCCCCAUUGCCUAGUCUUUUGGGGAUGGGAGGGGACGUGCUUCUUUUGCAAUGCAACUUUAUUUUUAACUUUUAAAGUGCUGGGUCAUAGUCUAAGCUUCCACUAUGUCAUGCAGAAGGUCAGCUUUGAUGGGGUUAAUCUAUGUUUGGUAUUGACCCUCCAUCUCUAACACUUUAUACAUUUGGCUUAGUGAAGCACUUUCACGUGCUACUCUGGCUGAUGGGGGUUGUAGUCCCUUUCAGUAGUUCUAGGGUUACAUGUGCCCUCAGGGGUUAAUCCCCAUAGAAGUUAUGAUAAGAAUAGGGGGUGAUUAUGAUCCUCAAAUUUGGGGGUGAGUAAAGUUCCUGUGUUUUAUCGAUAGUGUGUUUUUGGGGUGGUCCCAGAUCCUGCAUGCGUGUUAUGCAAUUCUUUGAUUUUAAGCUCAUAUCUACGGGUGUUUUAUUAUUUAUACCUAAAGAUAGGUAUGAACCCCUAAAAUGGAGUGUACCCCUGCUUUCUCCCUUCUCAGUAUCUGCUGUUUUCUAUAGUGUCAUUAUUAGAAGCUUCAGACUGGCCCAACCCCCCCUUAUCCAGCAGCCAUGCUCUCCAGCUGUGUGUACCCUCCUCUACUUCAUCGAGGGAUUUACCCCCCAAAACCUAACCCAUCUCACCCCACAAUUGUCGGGAAAGAUGCAGGGGAGUCUGCUCUAGCUCAUCCACCAAAGUUGGGAAGGCUGUGGAUUUUUUAAGUAUUUUUAAAUAUUUUUUGAAAAUAUGACGAAAUCAGAAAUAGUCACAAUAUCUGGGUGGAGGUUUUUGCAGUGAGUGUGACUUGAAUCAAUUCCUUCCUUCAUUGAGUGUGGUUGGGGAGAGAUGAGUGUGCGCUCACACUCAGAAUGGCAUUCUCUAUUACAGAUUUUUUAUAUAUUUUUUUGAUAAAAUGUAAUCUUUGAAAAAACAUUAACAUUCUCUUGUUUCCCUUUCUCUGUGUCUUCAAUACCAACAAUGGCACACAUCACUUUACUGAGUGUAGGGUUUUAUAUAUUAUUAAUUUUUAAAUACAAAUCUGUUAUUAAACUAGUGUUUUAUUACUUUUCAUUGCUUGUUUAUAUCACAAAGUACUUCAUCCCAAAGUCACAGUAUGUUUUAUUUUAUACUUUUACUGUAUUCUAUAUUUAUUUUUUUUAUAUCCCUUGCCACAAAAGUCACAUGUUGCCCUAAUAUAUAAGGUUUUUAUAUAUUUUCUUUGAAUACCUCUUAAUCUCAAAGUUACAGUUUGAUUGAUUGUAAGGUUUCAACAUAUUUUUUUCUCUUUUUAACUUUAUUUUGCCAAAAGUAACAUUUUUCAUUAAGUUUUAAAAUAUAAUAUCCAUGCCCCCUUAUUCACGUUUAACAGAAUGAUAACUUAGUCCUUUCUUUUUCAUAACAUCUGGUAUUCCUUGUAGCAUUUAGCACAAUGUCUAACAUUAACAUUUCUUUAUGAGAAGGUUUUAAUAUCGUAAUAAUAAAAAAAAUGUAUACAUUAAAAAAUACCAAUUAAUUUUUUUUUCUUCUCCCUCUCCCCCAUUUUUUCCUUUCCUUCUUUAACUUUCCCUUACCCUUCCCUCUUCCUUUUUUUUUUUACAUUUUUAUUUUAGGUUUGUGAAGAGCAGAAGUGCGAGGAAGAGGUUUUCCCUUUGGCAAUGAAUUAUUUGGAUAGAUUUUUAGCUGUCAUACCAACUCGAAAAUCCCAUUUACAGCUUCUUGGUGCUGUCUGCAUGUUUCUUGCAUCAAAACUCAAAGAAACCAUCCCUUUAACAGCAGAAAAACUUUGCAUAUAUACUGACAAUUCAAUUAAACCCCAGGAGCUGCUGGUAAGCAGCUUUUUUUUUCCCCUAAAAUAAAUAUUUACAUCUUUUAUUCCACUGGAAAACUAUAUCUGUUUAACUACCAGACACUCCUCUGUCUAGGAACCUCUAUCUUUAUACUUGGUGUUAAACGUAUUGAAGGUGGGAUCUACUUUAUACAUUUGCUUUAGCAACUUUCUGCACUUUUAUAUAUUUAGUUAAACACACAAGUUAUUUAUUGGUAUUUAAUUUUUACAUUUAUUUAUUGUUUCUGCGUUUGCAGAUCUGUUAUUUGCAUAGGAAACUUUUUAAAACAUAGAUGCUGUAGUUUAUGUGAGAUUCUUUCAUACUGAUAAGUGCAUAUUUAUGUAUAUUUCACAUGAGGUUCUUUCUUGAUAUACAUAUAUAUAAUAUAUAUAUAUGUUUUUUAUACUAUGCACGCACACACUGACUUUGUAAGUCUAAGAUAUUUGUUAGAGAAAUUCUGAUCUGGUGAGGUGACCUGCAUCUGUUUAGAGAAUGUUUGGUAUCUCCUGCCACCUUGUGGUUAGACUAACUUUUACAUUAAAAAAGUGGAAAGAAAAUACUAAUUAAUUUUCUUUAAAAUUGAUUACAAUUUUCCUAGAAAUAGUACGUGGAGACUAUUGCACAAAUGUUUCAUUAUAUGACUUUCUGAAUAUUUCCUGGAUAGCAGUUAUAUAUUUAUAUCUCGUUUAUUUGUGUAUUUAAUGAAAUGAACUUCUGCAUUUUAGGAAAAUUGAUAUAUUUUCUGCUUUACAAAGUCCAUAAUUUACUGGAGAAAAAAAAAUGAAAUCCUAAUUUAUUCUACAUUGCGAAUCCCAAAAAAGUAAUAGGAGUCAAGAAACCUAAGCAUUCAUCUGUUAAAAUAGUUUUGCUUGAUAUCUCAGUUGAUUAUUUUAUUAUAUUACCUCUACAUAUCUUGCUUAUGAUUUGAUUUAUUUUGUGCCAUUUAUGUAAAAUUUGUAAAAGCUAUAAGUGUAGUUAGGAAAUAACAGAGAUAAUUAGAGAUUAGCACCCAGCACUUUUUUUUUUAUUCCGAGAGUCAGGUUACCACUCUGCAACUGUCCACAUCUGUUGUUGUAUACACUAAGCAACACAUGUGUACUGCUCCUUAUAAGCUUGAAUACUUGUUUUGUAAACUGUGGAAAAUGUAGUGAUGGCCAACCAUGACACUGGAGGUGUGAAAAAGUGACAUAUCUCUCUAAAGUACUAUCUCAAAAUCCUUGUUUGGAUCACAUUUGCAUUGAUAAGCAAUGGGAAAAUUAAAACAUCUAUUUGAAGACACAGUAUGUAAUUUUAGAUUUCAGCCUGUGUUUUGUGUUGGUUGCCUUUGCAAAUAGAUUGCUGCCUUUUGCACCAAACUAGGAGUUUGAAUCGGCACUAAUCAAGUAGUCCAUCUUUACACAACUGUUUUAACCUUAGAGCUCAGAACAAGUCGUGUGUGACUUUUGAAGGGUUUUCCUAUGAUCCCUAAGCGUUUCAGCGUGCAAGCUGGAAGAAAAGCUCACAAUUACAAAAUAUAUUAAUUUUCUUGCCAGGGUGUAACUACACCUCUCACUCUUGUCUGUCAGCCAGGAAGUUUUGUUUCUGGACUGGCUAUGUCAAAUUUAUCAAAAUUUUAAAUGUGGUGUGAGAGCUGGCCCAAGCAAGCGCAGACCGUGCCUCGGCUGAGAGCUUAGCUUAGCCCAAUGCAUUAUCUUUGUAAUGCAUUAAAAGAAAAACCUGAUUUUUAAAAAUAAAAUAUUGCAUAUAAUAUAGUCCAUUUGUAUAUUAUUUGUUAAUGCAUAUACAUAAGUGAAAUGUACACUCUAAGCUUAGUGAAGUGCUUUGAUGUAAUACUCCUGUUCCUGCAGGCUUAUUUUAUAAAAGUGUUGAUUUCAAGAGAAAAUUACGCUGUGAUAAAAUGUCUUUGUCACACCUUCCCAGCAGUCAAUCAGACAGCCAAGAGGGUUUAUUGCCUCACCAAAACCUGAAGUGGACAUUUGCACGCGUGCAUAAUUUGUCCACAAUAAAAAGCCUUGUCUGAAUGAACAGUGUCCAGCACAGACAGGAAAGUCUACUUUGGACUAAAAAAAAAAGUCGUUAAUUUUUGCCCCCCAGUGUCACCUGGCUUUGGUGGUGUGGUGAGCAUUAUGGGACAAUUGAAUGUAACAGGAAGAGGACCUUGUUUAAGCCUUUGUCAAGCAUAGUAAAAAUACAGAAGAUAAGGUAAAAAUUGAAAAUGAAAAAUACCUGGUUCUGAGAGAGGGGAAGAAUAUGAAUUUAUUUAAGAAAGGUAUGUAUGGCAUAACAGUGCUGCUUUUAAGCUCUGUCAAUUGUCAAAGAUCUUGCUCUCCAUAAGAAAAUGUCGUACUUACUUUUGUUAUGUGUAAGAAACAAAAGUGAAUUUCAGGGAAAUAAGGGCAUAAAAAUAUGAUUUAAUAUAAAAACCUGCAAAGUGACAGUGUUGCUUUAAAUGCAUGUUUUCUGGGUGUUAUCUACUAAAUAUUUAAAGAAAAAAGUUGUGUGGAAGGUUACAUUAACACCUUUUUUUCCAAGAAUCACCUGGCUUAUCCUUUCACUUUGGGGGUGACCAUUUUUAACUCCUCUUCAGUCAAAAACACCAUUUAUCUAACAGGGUCAUGCAUCGUCUGAGUGGCUGAAACUGGCCCAGAGUGCAUUUUUUUAAAUGACCAGCACCCAAUGUAAUUUUUUUGCAAACAUGCCCUAGCUCUUGAUUGCCUGCAUGCUCUAACCAAAGAGGCCAUAAAAUACAUUAUAUGUUCUAAGCAGUGUUUCUGACCAAAAAGGACAUUAAGUACAAGAUAUCCAUAAAUAAAUUAAUAUGACCCUUCUGUCUUUAUUUGCUGAUUUGUGUUUAAUGUUUUAAAACCUAUUGAUCAAAUUCUAUCUGCUCAGUUUCUGUUUAAUACGCCUUACUGUGCAAAGGUCACCCCUAUGUUUAUUUUUGACACUGAUUUUAAGACAGUAGCUUUCUUUGUUGUUCUUCACAAAGCUAUUACAUUUAGAGUGUGCCUAAGAUUGACAAUUCAUAAUAUAUUUUACUUUGAAUCUGUCACUGGAGCAGUGUAGAACAAAAAUGGAUCUUAAUCUUUGCAUGCAGAUGCUUUUUUAUGUGGAUCAAAUCUGAACAGACCACAUCAGCUCCCCCUUCACAAUCAAUGUGGUGUUUGAAAAAUCUUUUAGACUACUACUUGAUGAGAUACCCCAGUUUUGUUCACGGAAUAGGCCAAAAUAGCUGAAAGGAACAUUUUUUUCCUAUUUGUCUAUUGCGGCCUAAAACUCACUUUGCAUUCUGUCAAUUCACACUUUAGUAUAUACCUGAAAGUCUGCAAUAUGUAAGCUUUUUAAAUGUGUUUGCAUAUAUUAAGCAUUCUUUCUACCAAGUAAAAUGUACGUUGGCCUUGGAGCUACACAUAAACAUCUGGAUAAUGUAAGAGAACAUUUUGUGCACUCCAGGAAGUUCAGAAAUAUUUAUUAGAAAAUAAAUGUAUGUCAACAAAGACAAAAUAAAAAAUAUAUACCUAAAUGGAUUAUUCACUAAACAGCUAAUACUGUGAAAUGAAACGCAGAUUUGCAAACUAUCCAAUUUGGUAAUAUAUGUGGAGGCUGAGAUGGUUUUUUUUUUUGUUUGUUUGUUUAUAUGUAUUUUGCAAAUGCAGUUUUCGGUGAAUAAACCCUUGAUUCUCUAUUUUGUACACAGACUAGUAUAUUGUGUACAAAUGCAUUAUGUUGGUCCCAGUUAUUGGAUUGAAAUAUCUGUGUACAUGAAUUUAUGUGUGUGACAUAUUUGUAUAUAAAUGCACAAACGUUCUUUGGUAUGAAGUGCCUACAGUGGUAUUGCCUUGUAAUUUGUACAUAAGCCUAGUUACAGGUAGAGAUAGAGUGACAAUUCAGAGUGAGGACUGUGACCUUGACAUUGUGUGAUUCCAUGCCAAGUUGGGAGGGUAUAAAAGACAGGAUAUAGAAAGCGCAGAGACAGAGGAAUUGGCAGUUUCCCUCAAGUCCUAUUAUCUUCAGAGGAUUAGAGUAUGGGUACAGAGUAAGUCAACUACUUCAAAGCUUAGUUCACAUUUUAAAAAACAAAUUUUUAAGUAAAUGUGAUCUAUCAGUGAUAUGAUUAGGUGUUAGAAGGGGAGGGGGAGGAAAAGAGAAACUAAAUUCAGGUUCUCUUUUUUGCUUUGUCUCUCAGGAGUGGGAGCUGGUGGUGUUAGGAAAAUUGAAGUGGAAUCUCGCAGCCGUGACCCCACAUGAUUUUAUCGAACAUAUAUUGAGAAAGCUUCCACUGCCUCAAGACAAGUUACUUUUGGUCCGGAAACACGCACAGACAUUUAUUGCACUUUGUGCUACAGGUAAGGUCGGUCUCUUAUCUGUUGGCGGCUACCUUUUGAUGAGCAUGUUAUAUUGAUUCAUUAAGGUUAUUGCAAACGCAUAAAAAAAUAAACAUGUUGGCUUUGACAAUGCCCGAUAAAUGAAGUUUAGAGAGGGUUUAUGAGAAUGAGAAAAAAAUAAUGGAAAAAAGGUGUGUCGGAGAAAGCAUUGCAUUUUUUUUUUGUCUGUACCACACCUACACUUCUAAUCCUUGCUGAGAAGUCAGCUAGGCAUUCUGUAUAGCUUAACCCUUCGAGGGCUAGAGCAGCAUGUCAAUACUCUGCAAAGACCAUCUUCUGCCCAUAUGAUAAUGAAAAGGUUAACAUUUUUCAUUCUUCAUAGGAGUUUAAUGUGCUGUGAAAGAAAUACAAAUGACAUACAGCAGACACUUUUUAUACCACCUCCCACAAUCCUCUAUUGAACAGGAUUAAUUUCUUAACCACUUUUCUGGUGAAGUAUUCCCAUUAGACUUCUGACUCUCUGAGAAAAAAAAAACGUUAUAUGUAGUGUAGUUUUUGGUACAGAUUUUGAUAAAGUAUCUGAUUGUUCGAGGUUGUGCAUUUUAGAAAACCAGAUUUGUAAAACAUUUAGGUCAAAAGAAACCACAAUAGGAAUGGAGUUCUUUGUAGUCUCAAUUUUGUUAGUUUAGUCUAGAGCUCACCAUCGUUCACUGUUUAGUGAAUAAAACACUCACUGUUGAGCACUGUACAUUUUUUUAAUUUUGUUCAUGGGUAGUUUCAUAGAAAAAUAGACCACAUUUUACACCGUCGUGAAAAUAUCUCAAACAUGUAUAAGUGCCACUGUGGUUCAUUAGUCUACCCAGUGAUGUGCUUUAGAGAAGCAUUCUUUUUUUCUCUCUUUUUUUUCUGCUUCAUUUUCCUUUCAAAUAAAGUACCACAAAGGCUCAUGAAUAAAACUGCAAAACAAAACAUUGCUCAGUGCUUUAGUAUGUGUUCUAAGGUAGGUUUAUAAACCUGCUAUAUAAUAAAAAAGAGAUAUUGCAGGCAAUUUAUUUAGUUAAUCCAAAAAAGUGUUUUGUUUUGGGGGGAUUUGUUUGCUCUCUAAUCUGUUUGUAUUUAUGAAAUUGUUGUAAAAAAUAUCUAAAAGUGUUGAUUCUUCUCUACUGAAAUGUUUCAUGAAAAUGUACAUUUCAUAAAAGAGUCCCAAAUUUAGUGUUGGAAAAAAGGGAACUUAAUCUGAGGGGAAAAAAAGUGACCAAUUUAUAGAUUGAUAAAUUCGUUGCAUCUGUGGAACAAAUGGUAUAUAUAUUCAUAAAUGGUGGUUAGGGUGCAAAAGAAAAACAGGCAAAAACCUGACAGAUUUUAUAAACAGUACCAAAGAAACAACUACUUCUCACAUCAUGGGAUCUUACUGAAGGACUUGCUGUUCCUGACAAAAAUGUCAUAGAGAGUUACCAUAGCUUUCCAUGAUGCCUCACUGAGGAGGCAAACUAUAUUUUUUCUGGUGGUACUUUUUGUCAGGAACCUCCAGCAAAAAUUCUUAGAUUCCUAUGAUGUGAGAAGAAUACUUAUACUUAGCAGCAAGACCGAGGAUAACCAGAAAGUACAACUUCCUGGUAAGUGUUCCUGGCAAAAAUAUAAAUAGCAUUUAUAUGAAAUCUCACACUGAGAUCUCAUACUCAUGAUUGUGAUUGAAUGCCGGUUAAUAUAAGUCCUGUAUGUGUUCUGACAUCUAGCACUGUGGUACUGUAAACAGCAAAAAGGAAAUAUAUUACAAUAAACAAGAUUUGACAGAGCAGGCAGGGUUGAAGGAAUAUACUAAACACUAAAACAAUUUUAGCAUAAUUAAGUAGUUUUAGUGUAUAAAUCAUGUUCCUGCAGUUUCACUGCCUAGUCCUCUUCCAUUUAGGAGUUAAAUUACUUUUGUAUGUUUAUACAGCCCGAGUCACACCUCCCCUGACUGUGACUCACACAGCCUGCAUGAAAAAAAAUAAAAUGGUUUCAUUUUCCAUCAGCACAGUGUGUUCACUUUAGAGGCUUUUAUCUUCUGCUUUGCUGAACUUUAAAUACAUACAGAUGCUCUAGCAAACUAUUGAGAGAUAAGAAAUUCUAAAUUAAACAGACUGUACAAUAAGGGCUGCAGGUCUCUUUUUUUGGUGAUUUUACAAGCCCCCCCCUUCUUCUCCUGCACAGACUUUCUGUGAUGGUCCAGACUUCUCAAUGCAGCUCAUUGAGAAGUCUUUGCAAGACAGGUGCUCUGGGCAAUUGACUGCCUCUUGAGUUAAGCUCCACUGAGCUAAAGAAACAAGGAAUUAACAGGACCUGUUGUCUGUUUGAAAGAUGAAUUUAUAUUGAAAUCCUCACUUUUUGGUAAAAUGAAAAAAGAGGACACAAUCGUCACACAUAAAGCAUUUCAGCAAGCUAAUGGGGUCCAGAGUGCUUAUGGGGUCCAGAGUGUCCUUUUAAACAUUAUAUCACUAUUUACAGGAAAUAUAUAGGUCACAUGGAGGGGAUGUGUGAUUAGGUCUGCAUAAACAACGUGAUUUAACAGUAAAAGACAGAGAGUUGAGCAGUUACACUGCACGGACAUGAUGCAUACAACAAAACAACUUCAUUAAACUAAUGUUGCAUUUGGUGUUUAUAGCAUCCCUUUAAGAUGCAAAAUGCUGCAGUAAAAUGCAUCUACGUUUUGUAGAAUGCCUUUAAGUAUCCCAGGAUUCCAAUGCGGUUUGCAUAUCUAGAUAAGAGGUUUAUUUAUUCUGGAAGGACUUUCUGCAUGUGCAUGCUUGUUGGGUAUACAUUUCUACCUUAAAGAAUUGAGUUUACUUAUUUACAUAUAUAUAUUUUGCAAUUUCGCAUAUGAACAAAAAUAAAAAUGUGGAUGUAGCACUACAAAUAUGUGGAUUGUGUGGAUAACUUGUUUUUGUAGGGUAUCGUUUUCUUUUUGAUAUCAUAUGCGGGCCUUCGCGUCAUAUAUGAAACAACCAGCCCAUAUGUUUUUUAGGCAAUAUAAUAAAUGUAUUUUGGGAGCAGAAGGAAAAGUCUUACUUUGAUCCAGAAUAAUGGAUAUUGAGGCACAGUAGGCAAAUCAAUCUGAAAGUCCCUUUUCUGAACAUAGUCAUUUGAUUAAUCUUAUGAAUGCGUCUCCUUGAUUUGUUUCUGAUAUCUCAGUUAAAAGACAGUCUUGGCCUUUUACAUUAAACGAUUUACUGUCAGUAAGCUAUGUUUUUUUCCAGUUAUGGUUUUAGUGGCUUCAUAAAACAAAUUUGGACUAGGUGAUUUGUCUUAUACUGGGAAAUAUGCCCAUUGGAAAGGGAUAGUGCCUUCCAGCAGAAUACUUGCUGACAAGGCCGCUAUUAAGGUAACUAUGUGUACUCAAGAUUAACCAGUUGAGUGCCCAUAUGACGUCUUCUUGUAUGUAACUGCGCCCACAGCCGAGAGAGACCCUUAUGAUGUUAAGUGAUUUUGUGAUCACUAAUUUUUUCCUGGAUUCUUGUGGAGACACUUUAGAAUGAUUAAAAUGGAUUUGAGUGGGUUGAAGAGCUAACUUACUGAACAGUUGACAACCAAGUUUUAGAAUUCUGUUAGAAACAUUCAAGAUGAAGGAAAGUUAAAAACAAUAACCCAAUUAAGCCAAAAUGCAGCUGUUUUAAGGUGUCCAUUAUUUCUGCUUAGCAAGUAAACUAAUAUAAUGCUGGUUGUGUACAAGUGACCAGAGACCUUAAAGUGGCAUAGUCAAUGUAUAGGUCCUUAUUGAAAAGAACCCCAAAAUAGGAAAUGCCUGCCAAACUGACAAUUGCAUGGGAUCAAGUAGUCCCUUCUUUGUUUUGUAUAUCUUUAUUAAAAGUUUAAAAUUGAUAGAGUUGCUCUAGUACACUGAAAUAGAUAAAUACAGUUCAAUAUAUUUAAAGAUAAUAUGGUAGCUAAAUGGAAGAUUGCCAUUUCUGAUUGACAGCUGUGCAGUAGAUGGUAUUAAAGGGAACCUAUAUGUUCCCUUCUGUGUAACCUCCUUAGGCAUUAAAUUUUUUUUAAAUUGACUAAUGAUUACUCACCUCAUUUUUAGCUCCUCUGCCUCAGCCCCCAAGCUGACAUUACCCGCAAUCUCAUCCAAUUCAUUGCCUCAUAUUAGAAAGCAAUGGACUGGAAUUAGGCAUAUACGGCCAAAUGCCACACUAUUCCAAUCAAAUGGUGAUAUCGGCAGUAUUUGAUUCCAGGGCCUAGUUUUCAGGAAGCCAGACAGUAGAGGUGUAUUACUGUAGUAAUGCUUUACAUUGCAGGAUUAGAAUAACAGAACCACUGCACCCAGACCACUUCUUUGAGUGAUCCCUUAUGCAAACUAUUUUCCUUAUCAUCAGAUUAUAUAACUGGACAUAUUGAACUUAUUUGGGUAUGUAUAUAUAUAUAUAUAUAUAUAUAUAUAUAAAAUACAACGUUAAAUUAAAAUCUGCACACCAGUCAAGCCAUAUGACUUGCUUUUCACACAGAAAUCACACAUUUGCAGUGAUUUUACUACCGCAAAGGAUUCUGGGUGGGUAUAUGCAAAUUAGUUUAACAAAGAAUCACAUUUUUCCAUUUUAAACAUGGAUUCCUUUGAGUCUGUGUUUGCUGUAUGCAACAGCUUUGAAACACAACUUAGGAAAAGAUGCAAACCAAGUGAACCACUCAUGGAAAGCUGUUUCAUUGUUAAUGCAAAUCAUCAGCAUGAGGUUGGUUACAGUUUUUUUUAUUGAGGCGUCCAUAAGGCAGCACAAGCAGCCGCCUUAGGGCCCACCGGCCCGGGGGGGUGAAAGAUUGGAGUGACCGGCAGAAGGUGGGCACACAGCGCUCCCUCCUGCCAGGCACUCUGUGUAGCUUGGCUGAAAGGAAGUGCCGGGGACCAAGGAGGGUAGAGAGAGAGGGGCACUAAGGGACGGGGGGGGCACUAUGGCACCGUGGUGGUAAAACACUAUGGGGGUGGUAAGGAAGACAAUGCGGAAGUGGGGGUGGAAAGGAACACUAUGUAAGGGGGUGGUAAGGAACACUAUGGGACAGGGGAAAAGAACACUAUGGGGGCGGGAAGGGGGGGGUGAAGAACACUAGGGUUGAUGGAGGACACUAAGGUACAGGAGAGGGAAGGGAAAAGGAACACCGGGGUAGGGACGGGACCACUAAAAGAGAAGGGGCUGGAACAUAGGGGGGGCACUAAGAGACAGGUAAAGGGGGGGUGUUCCUACUGCACAUAUUUACACACAAACACACUGCACCCACUACACAAACAUACACAGUGAAUCCACUACCCAUACUGCAUCCACUACACAAACACACACACUGCAUCCACUACACAAACAAACACAUUGUAUCCACUACACGAACACAUACACACUGCAUUUACUAAUCAAAUACUCUCACUGCAUCCACUACACACACAUGUAAAUAUUCUUGAAAACAUGAAAAAAAAUCUGACUGGCAUGUAUAUUUUAUGCAUUUACCACUUAAUAAAAAAAAGAUUUGCAAAAAAAGAAAUACGGUAAAUAUUGGUCAGCUAUCAGCCUGAAAGUUCCCAGAUUAACGGUAUCAGCUCUAAAAAAUUAAUAUCUCUCGAUCCCUAUUGAAAACCCCUUCCACCUUAAGUCUUAAACAAAAAUCUGCACACCAGUCAAGCCAUAAGACUUGCUUUUCCCACAGAAAUCACAAAUUUGCAGUGAUGUUACUACCGCAAAGUAUUCUUUUCAUUCUUCGUAAUCUCUAAUUUGCAUAUGCCCACCCAGAAUCCUUUGCUGUGGUGUAUGAAACGUGACGAGGGGGAACUUGAUUAUUGAUACUGUUAGGACUCCACACUCCAAUCUACCUGUGACGUCCUAAUCAGUCCUGUUUUGUCCGGCAUCAACUGUCGUAGUCUAGAUAGUCUUGACAGUUUAUUUAUUUUUGGAAGCGGUUGUUGCAGUGACUAUACCCUAGUUUACAUUGUGAUUUUAUUUUUUUAUUUUUUUUAUUCUUUGUGUGCAGUUGUUGCACGCAAUUACAGACUAUAUUCUAGCUUACAUUGUAAUUUUUUAUACCAUUAGAUAUUUUUAACAGGGUAUAGAUUUCUAGUACCCAUAAUUUGUUAAUCAUUUCUACACAAAUUUGGUAAUCGUUUGUACACAGACACAUUCACCACACAUUAUUUUUGUUUAAAGUUUUUUUGAAUAAAAUUUUUUUAUUUUUUUAUUUUAUUAAUCCGGUACUAUGUCUGGUAGUGAUUAGUCUGAUAACUCUGAGUUUUUAAGCAAGUCAUGAUUUUUUUUUACUUCAAUUUCAGACUGUGUAGGUACACUAUCCCCUUCUUUCUGAUAUUUUCUAUUUAGGGUUAUCCCCCGUUUCUUUAGUGUUUUUUUUGGCUCUAUUUUUGUUUUUCUUUUGACAAAUACUCUCACUGCAUCCACUACACACACAUAUAAAUAUUCUUGAAAACAUGAAAAAAAAUCUGACUGGCAUGUAUAUUUUGUGCAUUUACCACUUAAUAAAAAAAAGAUUUGCAAAAAAAAAUACUGUAAAUAUCGGUAAGCUAUCAGCUAUCAGCCUGAAAGUUCCCAAAUUAACUGUAUCAGCUCUAAAAUAUUAAUAUCUCUCGAUCCCUAUUGAAAACCCCUUCCAUCUUAAGUCUGCGGAUGGUUAAUACAAUGUUACUACCACAAAGUAUUCUUUUCAUUCUUCGUAAUCUCUAAUUUGCAUAUGCCCACCCAGAAUCCUUUGCUGUAGUGAAUGAAACGCGACGAGGGGGAACUGUACACACCCAGACUGGCCUGUAGUUUUUGUGAAACUAAACUCCUAUUAUACUCUGCCAGAUCCCUACCAUGCAUCACGGCACCUAUAGUCAGCUUUUCUUUGACCUGUCAAGAAAUUAUAUGCAAAUUAAUAUACCAAUAAACAAUGAAAGGAACUUUCCCAUUCCAUAACAGCUUCAGCUCUUUAAGGAUGUUAUGGGUCUGGAGUGUCAGUGCGCCAUCGCCUUUAGGGGAUACACCAUUUUCCAGCAGUCGGCCCCUUGGCUUCCGACAGCACUGCCCACAGUUCGAGGAACCUUUUUGGGGCAGCCGGUGAUAGACUAGGCUAUCUGAGCUACCUGCAAGCAAGGUGAUGUGAUACAUAGGACAGAGUCAAAAGAUUAGUGACUGUUCUGAAAAAAAAUAAUAGGAAUACCAAUGCUAGUCAAAACUAUCAACAUUUGAAAAUGCAUAAAAAAGGAAUUACUAAGUCCAACAUGUAUGUAAAGUUCCAACCAGUGGGCACCCACUGAUGCUUCAGUGUAAUACUAUUGAUUGAACCCUUUAAAGGACCACUAUAGUGCCAGGAAAACAUACUCGUUUUUCUGGCACUAUAGUGCCAUGAGGGUGCCCCCACCCUCAGGGUCCCCCUCCCACCAGGAUCUGGGGAGAGGAAAGGGGUUAAACUUACCUUUUCUCCAGCACCAGGCGGGGAGCUCUCCGCCUCCGAUCCUCCUCUUCGGCUGAAUGCGCAUGCGCGGCAGGAGCUGCGCGCGCAUUCAGCCGGUCUCAUAGGAAAGCAUUCGUAAUGCUUUCCUAUGGACGCUUGCGUCUUCUCACUGUGAUUUUCACAGUGAGAAGCACACAAACGCCUCUAGCGGCUGUCAAUGAGACAGCCACUAGAGGCUUUGGAGGCUGGAUUAACCCUAUUAUAAACAAGCAGUUUCUCUGAAACUGCUAUGUUUAUUAAAAAAAAAAAGGGUUAAUCCUAGGGGGACCUGGCACCCAGACCACUUCAUUAAGCUGAAGUGGUCUGGGUGCCUAGAGUGGUCCUUUAAGUGUUGACAAACUAUUGAUUUAACCCUUAAGUUUUGACAAAUUUGUUUUGAAUCUAAGAGUCAGCUAAAAAAAGUUAGGAGCCCUUUUUUCCCUCUAAACUUAAAAAGCUUUAGUUUCAAUGACAAAAAUAACAGAUCUUAAAGGGACACUAUAGUCACCAGACCACUAUAGCUUAAUGUAGUGUUUCUGGUGUAUAUAGCCUAUCUCUGCAUGCUUUUUAAAUGUAAACAUUGCCUUUUCAAAAAACAACUUUUUUUCAGUUUUACUUUUUGCCGUGCCUGUGCAUUAGCAUCCCAAUGCUUUCCUUUGGGAAAGCAUUGGAUUGGCUGAGAACAUCAAAAUGUUUGAACUUAGCCAUGGAGGUUAGCCCAGCCGCAGCAUCUACUUUUCCCAUCUGAUCAGAUGGUAGCCUGUCGCCUAAAUAGUUAGUUUAAGAAAACAUGUUUGUAUUCAUGACCCUAUAUUGUUCCUUUACAUUUACACAAAGAAGACUAGAAGCAAACAUAUUGGGCAUAUACCUUAUGCAGAUAAUGAAUAUAUUCUGAUGUGACACACCAAAUGUUUUAUGCAGUGUCAGUUUUUUCCACUUGGCUUUUUGAGGCCAUGGACAUGUCUUGUAUUUUUAGAAUUAAAGUACCAAUACUCACAGAGACACACACUCACAAAGAAUUAUUUUAUUUUAAUUUACGUCCACCCAGCCUCCCUUCCCUUGGGGGAGCUGGAGUGGAUCCUUUCCCUUGGUUCCAGUGGUGCUGCUAUGAUCCUGUAAUCUUCAAGCUCUUGCUCUGCUCCCUUGCAGCCGUUUAGUGAUGCUGGGUCCGUAGUGACCUCAUAUUCUGGCUCCCAGCAUCACAGAAGGGCGCCCAAGUGAGCACAGAAAGAAGACUUGAAUAUUACAGUUUCUCACAGCCGACCGCCUCUGGGGGCCCUAAGGUGGCCAGUGCUGAACAGGCUUACAAACACCUAAGCUCUACGACAAAAUUCCUAGUCACCAUGGCGAGCUGGCGUCUGGGAUUUGUCAAGCCGGGGUUCAAGUGAAAUAGCCGCUAAUAAAAACCCAAAUGUAUAAGAAAUCUUGCUUUUACUAUAACUGAAUGAAAGUUUCACUAGGUGGAGCAGUUCUCCAAUGGGUUUAAAGAGAAUUGAGGAAGUUAAGAUUUGGUUCUCUUUUUAAAAAAGCAAAUAUAUAUAUAAAUUCUUGUUUUGGGGGUUGAGGGAAAUCUACCUGACAACAUCAUCUAAUGGCUAAUAUUAAUCAAGUACUAGUUUAGUUAGAAAUUGCUAGGGCCUGUAAAACUGCAAUUUGGAAUUAAUUGCGUUGGUCGAUGGAAUUUGGAUCCUGAUGGAGUUUUACUGAAUGGUGUUUGUGUACUGUUAAUAUUAACUCUUUUCAGAGCUGCUUCCAUAUUUUCUUCUCCAUAUAGUUUGUAAUUUGUGUCAGUAUGGUUACCUUGCUGUUGACUUCUUUUAAAUGUCAUCUUUGGCAGGGUAAAAAUUGGGUUUUACUGCAAAAGUAUGUCUACAUACCGGUAUAUUGAGUGGAAUAUGCUCCUCUGAGAUUUGGUGUUUAUCAUGUGAUCAUGUGAGACCACUGUGUUUAAACCAUGUCACUCAGUGAUUGCUAGUACUUCAUGAAUUAAGGAUUGUGUCCAAAAAGGACCGUGGGUUUUCUUAAAGAUAUCAAUGUACAGCCCUGAUCGAGUUCAAAUAUCUAGAAGAGAGUUGUUGACAUUUUCUUAACCAACUGUGAUGCUUGUUUCUUGUAAUUCAGUUUACAGAGAAUUAAAGCAGUUCUGGUGCCACAGCAGAUAGAAGACCAAGGCAGAGCACUUUGGACAUUCUAGUGUUCUAGAACAUUCCAAUGCCGUUUCAUGCUCCACAGCAAUUAGAAGUUCUCUUGUGGGUUGUUGCCAUUGCAUUGCGAGAAGCAUUCUUGCUCUUAAGUUUAUAUUCAUGCCUUGUAAAUGUAUUUCUUAAAUUUUUUUUUUGUUUGUUUUUUUAUUCAAGGAACUGUAGGAUAGGUUUGUUUGUCUAAGUAUUUUUGCAUACACUAAGAACAUAUGCUUAAAUUUUUGAUUCUUUGGAUUCAUCAUAUCAGCAUAGAAUGCAACCUUCAUAACUGGAAGCACCGAGACAUGUGCAUCCUCUUUAGUCAUGGUAUUUGAAUGCCAAUGGCUAUAUUUAUUAUUUAAAAUCUUAACCAGUAUAAAAAAAAUAUAAUGUAUGUUAUAUCUAUACAUCAGGUAGCUCAAUGUAAAGAAGUGAUGCCCUAUCACAUGUAUUUUCAGUGCUGAAGCAAAGGUAACCUGUGAUAGAUUUGUUGACUGUAACUUAAAAACAGUUUUCUGAAACUUCCCUGGGCUUAAAAAAUAUUUGCACUUAUGAAAGAAGCAGAAUCUAUUUAUAAUGUUUAGUUGCUCUUUAAAUGAGUCAGUUUGCUGACUAAAAUCAGAAACUGCAAUUACUCAUGUUCAGUGAUAUCUUGCAGUAGUAAUGUAUUAAAAAAUAGGUUCUGUAUUUCCAUACAGGUCUAUGGUGACAGUAGUACCAGUCUGAGUAAUGUUUAAUUUAUUGAAUUGUGAAGGGUGUGUAUUGGCCUAAUCUAAUUUAUACAUCAGAAGGACAUUGACUGAAUUAAUCUAAUGUACUCCGUAUAACCUGUUAUAGUUGGUUAUGCCUUGUUAGUUAUCGAUUUUUUUUUUUUUCUUAAAUGCAAAUAAAAGAUAUUUUUAUACAGUAGCAUGCAAAAAAAAACCUCUGAUUAAAGGGACACUAUAGUCACCAGAACAACUACAGCUAAUUGAAUUUGUUCUGGUGGGUAGAGUCAUUACCUUCAGGCUUUUUGCUGUAAACACUACUUGUUUCAGAGAAAAUGCAGUGUUUACAUUACAGCCUAGUGAUAACUUCACUGGACACUCCUUAGAUAGUUGUUAGAGAUCCUUCCUGGGUCAUGGCUGCCUAAAAUGCAUCCAAACACUGAACUUUCCUCAUAGAGAUUAAUUGAUUCAAUUCAUCUCUAUGAGGAGAUGCUGAUUGGCCAGGGCUGUGUUUGAAUUGUGUUUGCUCUGCCCCUGAUCUCCCUCUUUGUUAGUCUCCUAUGGGGAAGCAUUGUGAUUGGAUCAGGCUACCACUUAUGAUGAUGUCAGCAGACAGUGGGCAGUUCAAAAGGAAACAGGGACAACGCCAGCAGCUUCAGGCUUGAAUACAAGUAAGACUUUACUAUAUUUAGGGAGGCAAGAGGGGGCCUGGGGGAUAAUUGGUGGUUUUAACACUAUAGGGUCAGGAAUACAUGUUUGUGUUCCUGACCCUAUAGUGUUCCUUUAAGGAAACCUCCCAGCCCAUAACAACUUAAAGGAACACUCCAAGCACCAUAACCACCAUAGUGGUUAUGAGCUGUAGUGGCUAGGGUGCCAUGCAUCCGCUCAUUGUAAGUUUCAGAUGGCUGCUCUUCUCUGCUGUCAUCGAGCUAGAGACUCUCUGCCUGAGCUACGCCCAGCAGUUCCGUGCUUAGCUCAUUGGCUGAGACAGAUCAGUUAAUGCCCUCAGCCAAUAAGCUAGCCCUGCACUGGAGUUAUUAUGGGAGCAGGAGUGUCCAGGGCCUCUCUCACCAUCAGGUGUUAAACUAUUUUGCAACAGUUGAACCCCAAAGUGGAUACUCCUGCUUCCAUUCUCUCUGCACUGCAGUUUGAGUACGGUUUAGCCUGGUAGCCGAUGAUAGGUUCGGGCAUCAGCUAAUGUUCACUGUACACCCAAUGAGAGAAAUAAGAUGAGCUGUAUCAUGUCGUACAAAGUCCAGUGCAGUACAUUUACUCAGUCAAUGCCACGCUUAUAUGACUUAAUGUAGUCUAGUGUCACAUUUUUCUCAAUGUGCGCCUAGCUGAUUCUUUCAACUGAUCACAGCCACCAGGUUAAACCUUUCUGCAGCGCUGGACAAGCCUGCACCUAUACCAAUGUAAACGAGUUUACCUCACAGUGAAAUGUUCAGAAUAUUUUGGGGAAAGUCCAAAGCGAUUGCAUUCUUUAAUCCUUGUAAAGAGAUUGGCUGACCAGAGUAGUUUUUUCCAUAGGCGAGUACAUAACCUUUACACUUCUUUAUGUUAAGCAGCUAUUGCUCUUAUUGAAUAUGGAUAUAUGGUAAUCUCCAUCUUUUCGAGCCCUCUUGUUCUUCUCUGUCUAUUCAGACUCCUAGGUGGCCUUUCACAGUGUGGCUUCCUCCUCCUCCUCCUCCCUCCUUCCACUUUCCUAAUAAAUAGGGCCUUGGCCGUUGUGGAAAAAAAAAAUAUCACAUGCACUGAAUUGGUGCACGCCUCCUGUCCCUUUGUGGGCACGUCAGGUUGAAUUCAUAUCAGAACAGAGGUCACUGACAUUAUUUUCUAUAGCUGGAAUUGAGGUGAUGACUCUGUACAAUGGGUCAACGCUCCCCACUCAGGCACACUUGCUUCAAUCAGUUCCAGUAGUUAAUUAAUGUGCUAAAAAUAGGAUCUAGUGAUACAAAUUGCAGUCUGUUGCCCAACAAAAGACUAGGCAUGUGCGGUGUUUGAUAGCCAAGUUUAUGGAGCUUGUUAUGGUGGCUAAGAUACAGGAGUGCAAGAAGUAAUGCAAGACUUUUUUGGAUCAUGAUCUCUAGUCACUCUGGGCCUCUGGCCAUUUGCAAGCUGUCUAAUUUGCAUUACGAAUGACAUUAAGUGAGCUAACAAGGUUAUUGGGCAUUGCAGUGCUCUCAUGUGACCACACGUGGGGUGAGACCUACAGCAGAGUCUGCUGGCAGGGGUUCUAUGACUCUUUAUUCGGCUUUUAAAGAUGAGAAUUCCAGUGAGUGCAUAAAUUACAUAUGGAAAAUGGGACAUAUGUAAACUGCUACAGUUUUUCUGUGUCAUACCCACUUUGCAGACAAAUGCUUUGUAGUAAAUAGUUUAAAUUGAUUUCUCCAAAAAUAAAUAUCUGUUUUAUGUACAACAAGAGCUAUGUGUUCUAAUGGAGCUUAACUGAAAAAUAUAAGUUUAUACUAUUCCAAUGCAAUAAUGAAUUUUAUUUUACUUAAAUAAACACUCCCAGAGACUGAAAGCUCUUCAGCUUGCUGAAGAACAGGCUUAUUUUAUAAAAAUAAAUAAAUCAGCAUUUGUACAAACUACCACUAUAGUUCAAAGCGAGUGGGGGAGGGUCGUUCAUAUACUACUGGAUGAGCUGUACUAUUUUGUAUAACUGUCCAGUCACAUGCAUGCUAGAUUUGUCCACAAGGAUUCUAAGUGAGAAGCUUCUAUUUGGACAAUGGAUUGGACAGAUGGGAAAGUACAGAGCUUACAAUAGACUAGUACUGCAGCUAACAUAGUCUACUUUUUUCAUACCUCCCAAGUUAUGUAUAUAUGAAAAAGUGUGGAUGAAAACCCCUUCCACCUGAAAUAAGUGGUAGUUAAUGCAAUGUUAAACACAAAUACACACACCAGGCAAGCCAUAAGACUUGCUUUUACCACAGCAAUCUUACUUUAACAGUGCUCUCACUACUGCAAGGAAUUCUGGGUGUGUAUUUGUGUUUAACAUUGCAUUAACUAUAUAUAUAUAUAUAAAGGUUGGCUUUUUUACCCUAUGGAGUGCUCCAUUUAGCUAAAUAAAAAAAAUAUAACACAUGCUCUCACUCACAUUGGCAUCAGAUUUACUUCCAAAUAGAUAUAUGUAUAAUCUGUAUUAUACACUAUGUAGAAGCAUCUAUCAUAGCAAAUAAAGAUUGUCUCAUCCUCUAUCAAUAAUGCAGUAGAUGCUGAAUCUAGAAGCACAUUCACCACAUCCCCAAAUUCUACAAUGCAUCCAGUACACUACUGGAAACUAAAUAUUGUGGGAUGCUGCACAUUUUAUUUGUAGGAGAAUGAGCAUGCCGCUGCCGUAUUAGGAGUCAAUUUACCUUAUUUCCGUUGUAACAGCAAGACAAGUCUAAUAAAUACAUAUGGAAGAAACAUACAAUAUCAGUUUACUAACAGCUAUACAGUGGCAUCAGAUAAUAUCUUUCAUGGUUGGUGUGUUAGCAUUCUGGUAAAUACCACGAUUGCUUUCAGAAAAUUGUCACCUCUCAAAUGUUGUAAUGCCUUGUGAAUUAAAUUAAUAACAUGCAGAACUGUGGUGGCUUUGUGGCUGUUUUCACAGUUGUCUCACAGAGCUUGCUGUGAUCCAACAUCAGCUAGAGCACUGUAGAAAAAAUGACAUGUCUUGACGUUUUACUUUUUUAUUUUCUAACCUCCUUCCUGUUCUUGCAGACUUUAACUUUGCCAUGUAUCCACCAUCAAUGAUUGCUACGGGAAGUGUAGGAGCAGCAAUCUGUGGCUUGCAGUUGGACGAUGGAGAAAGCUCGCUGUCUGGUGAUAAUCUCACAGAACAUUUGGCCAAGAUCACUAACACAGAUGUGGUGAGUAUACUAUUCAUUUCUUUCCCAUGGUAAAUUUCAAAAUUGCUAUUUAAUUUCAGUGUUACCUAGUAUUUUUCCAAAGAUAUUGUUAACACAUAAGCAUGUCUAUAAAAACAUUGGAAUUCACCCUAAAUACAUCCCCCACAUAUUGUAUUUGCAGCUGUGUCACUGGACUGUGUUGCUAUCCUUAGUGGGGGUGGGGUUAACCCCUUGAAUGCCAGACGACUGCACAGCACAUUGACAAAUUGUGUCCAUGGGCAAAAUUUCCUGAGAAAUUAUAAUUAAUUAAAGGGAUAGUGAUACUGGUUUUCACGUGCCAGUGAAGUAAUUGAAGAUUCUAGAGAAUGCUGCUGGGUUUAAAAACAUUUUCAUAAUUGUCAUAUUGGUACACAUACUCUGUAAAGUAAUCACAACCUAGUCAAAAUGGUCAAGUGACAUUUUGACAUGGGAUGAGUUGGCUGAUUUGUUUAAAAUCCAUUGUUGAUAGGAAUAGUUUCAUCAUCUUACAAUGUCACACAUUCAGACAGCUGUUUCCAUCAACUAGUCCAAAUAAUAGAAGGUGUAAUCUGGAGAGCUUUCAUAUUCCAAAAUAUUUGAAUACUGUGGCUGUGCUCUCAACACAUUGUUUAAAUUAACACUCCAAGCUCGCUGUAGUGGUAAUGGUGCCUGAAGUUGUUUUUCAAUGUUUUGAAUUCUUACCUGGAGUUCACCAGGAGCCAUUCCCCUGCCUCUAUUACCUUUCCUGAGAGCCGGUGGGAGAGUGAACAGCUGACUUAACAACCUAACUCUAGCAAAAACUGACCAUGUAGGGCAAUCCUUUCAAAAUGUAUAACUUUUAUGUUGCUGCAAAUCUGUUUUAGUGAAUCAUACGAAUUGUUCUGUGAUUGCUACAUAAUAGAUUCUGAAAGCUAGAUUGGAUCGAAAGUGGAGGUCCAUAUUCUACCUCCUGGAACUAUAGAUGCCUUAAUUUAACAAAGGAAUGGUUAUGGUGCAAUAUACACACACUGCUGUCUUUAAAGGACUUCCUUGUAAUCACAUUUCCUUUCUGAUAGAUCUUUGCAGCACUAAGUCCUGUUUGCUGCAGUGUAUUUACAAUGCAAACCUGUUCUUUCUCUUUAAAUUAUACCACUCUGUUUGUUUGUUGAGCAAGUGCUUCCAGUAACCAUCCUGUAAAGGAGAUAAUCACUCUUUCAGGAAUGUUAUCUGGAUGUUUAGCAAGUUAGAUUGUGAGAGAUAACUUUUUUUUUUGUUGUCACAGCAGCACUCUUAAUACCUCAUGCUUUAAUAUUUACCCUAUUGUUCACCCCAGCACUGUUAUUGUUACAUAAAUAAGAUCUGUUUGGGAGUUAUUCACUAAACAGUCAGUCUAGGUUAUGGUAUUUGUGGUAUGUGAACUGGCUUGCAGAAUUUAUCCAUCAACAUGCAAAUAUGUCUGUGAAUAUAAAUAUAUAUAUAUAUAUAUAUAUAUAUAUAUAUCCCUUGUGCAUAGUGUAAAAAACAUUAUAGCAUUGUUAACACAAAUUGACUUUCUACAAAUUGUGGAAGGAAAAUAUGUAGAUUUGUUUUGUUGGCAAUAAGCAAUAUUUGACACAAAUUAUGCUGACUGACAUUGUAAUUGUAAUUGACAUUGUUGACAUUCUCUUUGCUCUAUGCUGUAAUGUUCAAAUCCAGUUUUGUCCUAUUAUAAAAUCAUGUAAAGUAUGUGAAACACAUUGAAUUAAGCACGAGGUUGGCGUCUUAUAUAAUUUCCUUGUGAAAUUAGCAGAUAAGUCAGUUAUGUCUUCACCGAUGAGUAGCACACCAUGGGAGUAAAUUAAAUUAAUAGAAAACUCUGGUAAAAUAAAAGAGAAAAUCAAAUGAUAUUUUUAUCUUAUCACUGCACAGAGCUCCACAAGAUGUUAAAUUCUAAUCAUUCUUGGAGCUAGCUGAAUAUUUAAUUGGCAAAAUGUUCGCAUUCCAUUUUGAAUACUGUAUAUGUCAUAAGAUUGUCAAGAAAGCACAGUUCAUUUGAGGUAAACUUCCAUGGCAUAGCAGAGACUGGCAAAUGUGGCUCUUCAUCAUCAAGCUAUUGACUUUGAUCAAGACCUUCAACGUGUAACAUAUAGAUAUGCCACUUUAAGGCAUUUAUUGACUGAUGUGUUUGUGAGCAUGGGCAUAAACCCAUUUGACAACUUCAGAGUAUGUUAACUAGCUUGGGGCAUAUUUGGCUGAUGUUAUAUGUAAGACAGGGUGUGCUUGUGCUUUUGUUAUGAGAUUAUUACAAUAUAGAAGUCAGUUUAAUUUCUAACAGAAGGCAUCAGAAUGAAUCUAAAUGCAAAGGUGCAACAAAAAAUGGCUGGUUCCCAUUGUGGAGUUAGUAAUAGCACCACAACUUGUAAAUGUGCAUAAAUUAACAUCAUAUCCCAUUGUACAGCGCUAUGGAAUUUGCUAGUGCUAAAUAAAUAAUAGAACAAUAAUAAUAAUAAGGAAAGAAAAACGUAUUUACCAACUUUUUAAUAUUCUUAAUACCUUCUUAUUAUUUUCCUUGCUCAUGUAAAUCAUCACAGCACUUUUGGCACAACAAAGGGAGAUAGUAGUUUUAAAGGCACAUAUAAACCUGUACCCCCAGUGGGCUUUCUUUGUACAAGAAUGGAUAAUGAGGAAAAUACAUUUGAUGAUUGAGCAUGAGUUGUAGUACAAAAACCACUACAACUGGGGUAGUUUUGUUAAACUGAUUGAGGAAAAAAAUAGAGUUCUAGUACCAAAACCACUACAACUGGGGUAGAUUAACUAUAUUUCCACUAUAACAGAAAACAAAAUGUCUGAAAGAGUCACUCUGCAGGAUAUAUCAUAAAGGAACACUAGACACAUAAAGCACUUCACCUUAAAGUGCUUUAUGUGCCUGGGGUCUGUCAUAUUUUCACAGUUUAAAAAAGUGAUGAUUUUAGUAGUGUGACUGGGGGCAGAAUCCAGCCAGGAAGGUUUUCUUCCACUUCUGUUUGCUCAGCAGAGCUAAUGUAAGUGGCAGGUGCACUGUAUUACACUUCACCGCAUGCGCGCACUUGCAGCUCCAGCACAGAGGCUUCUCAAUGCAAGCACAAUUGCGAGCUGUUUUUCAUAUACCACCGAAGAAAAUACAUACAUGCUUUAUUUGGAGGUAACUCUACUAAAAUUUAAAAGACAGUAGUGUUUCUUUAAGUGCAAGGUGCCAUUGUCUAUUAUAUAUUUUGGUCUAUGAUUAAGACACAUUUGGUUGCCCAAUUUUAGAGACAUCAUCAACUCCUGGAAAUUCUUACCGCUCAUAUUUAGCAUGCCAGGGUACAUGUUUUACAUGUUUAUGUAAGGUGAUUCAUUAAUGGGUUGGGUCAGUGUCUCUCAUGGAUUCAUUUCAAAUGGGUUAAUAUUGGUUAAAAUCAGCAGUAUCUCCAAAACCGUUAACUCUUUGGCUGUAAGUUAAUGUUCAAGGUUUUUUUUUUUCCCCCUUUUCUCAGAUUCCAUGGCUAGCCUGCAGUAUGUGCCUCCCCGUGUCUCAUACAAUAUAGCAUCUUUAAGCAUCACACUGAAAGUUCUGUCCAAAAAAGUAUUUAUGUUCCACGGAUGGCCUCUUUUUUUAUUGGAACAUAGCAACAUUCUGUGUUACUGACUCAUAGGACUUUUAAAUAAAGUCAGCUGUGGAUAUUUCAAGACAAUUAUUCCCUGGCCCUCAACCCCCCCACCCCCAAUGUAGCCUUAACUCAAUCACUACAAAAAUUACAAGUGUUUCAGUGGGGGAUAUCUUGCAGUGAGGCAUUAUGAAGAAAUGUGAAAUGCGUUGCUCAGCUUAUCUGAGAGGAAGUGAUGAACAAUGCUAAUAUCAUUUACCACGUUAUUAAGCAUAGUGAUCCAUAUUACUGGAACAUUAGCAGUAUUAUAGAACAAAACGGACACGAAUUGAAGAGCUCACUUUUUUUUCUGACCACUUAAUAGGAUGGUGCAAUGACCUUCGUUCUGCCAGCAAGAACAUAUUAUUGAAAAGAAGAAGCUUGAAAAAGUCAACUAGUUAAAUGUUUUUUAUUUGUACUGCUAAACAUUAAUAUUUUGAUUUUAAAGGCAAUGUAAAUGCUUCAUCUAAUUUAAGUUGUUAUAGUGUUUGUAGUUCCCUGGACCAUCUUUCCAUUAAGCAUGAAUCCAUUUUUAAUGUUUUAAUGCUAAGCAAGAGUCCCCAGCAGCCCAUCUUCUCUGUGCUGUUUUGGCUAAUAAGGAAACAUUUGCCUGAGCAGUUAUGAGCAGCUGCAAUUUUUUGACUGUGUCAGCUGACCGCUUUCAGCCUAUCACAGCUCCCAUUUGUGGUAUGAAUCGGUAUGACAAAAAGGAAGUGUGUAAUGUCUGUCUUAGCCACAGCUCUAGUAGGGGCCAAGGACCCCUUUUUAGUGUUAAACUGCUCAAAAAUGUUUUAAUUUUUUUGUCAAUCUGUUUUUAUUGUAGGCAUAAGGUGGGGUACAUAAGAGAAAGCGGGGAAAUAUACGAGUGGUUUACAAUGGAAGGUUGAUACUUCAUACAGUAAAAUUACGUAUCAUUUCCAGGGUAACGAUGCCUUAUUUCUUAAGUUUAAACUGUAGCAUGGAAAUUCAGGCUAUGGAUUAUAAGAUCCAGUAUGUAACAUGCUACUUUAACAGUGCAUGAACUAAAACAGUAUAAUACCGAGUAGGUUAAACCAUGAGUCAGCUGGUGUGCUUUUGCCAAUCAUUAGGGUAGUUUAUAACAAGCUAUUGCGUUAUAAUUAUUUUGCGUUAUGAUUAUUUAACUGCUGCAUAUUGAUAAAAAUCACAGUCACAAGCAAGAAUGGAUUGAGACAUUGCAUGACAAUGAAAGUAACACAGGUGUGUGGUAUAGUGUGGAAGCAUGCUGCGGCACUAUAGUGGUUUGUGAGGAUAGAGCUGUACUAUCCGGGUCUGCUGUGAUGGACAUUCUCGGGGUCAGGCUGGUGUGUCGAUAUAUGUGUGUGGUGGUAAGCUGUUAUGACCGCCAUGCAGAUGGCAAGGGUAGUGUUGGUCUCAUGUGUGGUGCCUGCGUUCAACCAGCUGUGUCGGGUGAGUGUACUCCCUUGGUAGGGAUAAAGUAUGUGUUGCUUAUGGCUGGGUCUGAUUACCAUGGUAGGUGGCAUGCAUUAGAGUCUAUAGUUCUUUGUGUCUCCGGUUGGUUAAUAGUUUAGUCUCUGCGUUGUGGGCUGUGUUGUUGGUUGCGCGCUGCGGCCUGCAUGAGUCCGGGUUGCCUCACCCUAUGCCCGUUCUGGUGGCUCUGUUUGUGCGACUGGGUAAGUGUAGGCCGCUCACGCUCCCUCUGGGCGGGAGUUCCGGCAGCGUUUUCAGGUGGGUCAGCGAGGUGUGGAGGUGGUUGCGGCGGGGGGCUUCUCCCUUAUUCCCGGCAUCAUGUGGGCUUGGCACCAUGUGGCCACAGACUCGGUUGCCUCUCGGGGCCGGGUCUUUCCCAUGAUGGGCGCUGUGGAGGGCCCUGUUUGUCCAGCCAGCGGCGGGCAGCUCUCCUACGAUGUGGUCGUGGAUAGGAGGGAGCCUCCUAAUGUUCCCCUGCCUGGAUGGGUGUUCCGCCCGUCGGUGCGCGACGGCUUUUCCCAGGGUCUGCCUGCUCCGCCUCACAGCCUGGGUCUGCCUCACCUCUUCUUGGUGUUUAAAGGUUUGAUGUGCCAUCCAUCUUUCCAGCUUCUCCCAGAACCGGCUGAGCAGUGCAUCUAGACGCUCGUGGGUGGAAGCAUGCUCUGCAGUUUGGCCCGAGGUCGCCAUUUUAUGUGUGUCCGUUUGACUUUUAUCGUGCUUUUGGCUGUCUUCAACAAUUGCAGUCAAUUUAGGCUUAAGGUAAAUGCUUUUAUGGACCAGGAUAACCCCCACCGGUCCUGGGGGGGUAGGGAGGCCCGAUGCUUCGGGUGCCGCUUGGUUUGGUGAGUCGGGAGAGCGGCCGUCUCUCCCCACCACCAUGCGUUGUAGGCCCCAAGUUCCCGGCCCGGACCACCAGCGGGUUUGUAGGCGUCUGAGGUGUCCUUCUCUACCCCUGCUUUCACAGUGCCAGUUGCGGUGGGCUGAAGGACCAAUUUGGGUUAGUUUCCCUCUGUUUUCCGCUGAAAAUCGGGCCCAGGCUCGGGAUCUCACAGAAAGCGUGUCUGCUCAGCUCCCCGGUCAGGCCCCGCCCCCUACAUUGUCCUUUUAAGUGAAGAUAUACCAGUAAUGCAACAUGCAUAACUGGUGACAUGUAGCAAUAAACACACUUAAGGAUAAGUGCCAGCCUAAUACAUUUGCAUAUGACUUUAUGUGUGAGUCUCCAUAUCCUUGGUUUUUGAGAGCUAUGCUUAAAGGGACACUAUAGUCACCAGAACAACUAUAGACAAGGCAGUGUUUACAUUACAACCUAGGAACACUGCUAGUGGGCACUACUCAGAUGACUACUAGAGCUGCUUCCUGGGGCUGUGCUGCACACUGUGCUUCACUUUUAGAACUUUAUCCCAGGAUUACUGUUUAUACAUUGUAAUGUGCUAUAUUCUCAUGCACAGAAUAUAUAUGAAAUACUCCGAAAUUUUAGUGUGGUGAGAGACUCGCUAGUAAAGUAUAAAGAAAUGGCAGUUAUAUAAGGGAGGUGGGUGGGAGAAAACCAGUAUUUCUGGGUUACGGGUUUAUUACCCUUCCUAUAAAAGACAGUGUAGGGAAUAUAGCUCAAAUUAAGUAUGCACAUUCGCUCUCAUUAACCCAUCUGCUCCAUUUAAAUAUUUAAAUGAAAAGGUAUUGCAGUGUCUACUGGUUUUCUAUGAAGAUAUGUAUACCCUCCAUUUUUUACAAAUCUACUGCCGCUUCGUUUGUAUCAGGCCGUAUUUUGUAUGCAAGGAAACUGCAGACAGAAUAGCCUGGAGAGAAAGGAAUAAUGAGAUAGUUUCUAAGUUGUCUUUGCUUGAAUUUGGCAGCUGCUCCUGGUUCAUUCAUUUUUUUGUCCCCCAGUGAGUGUUGUGCGUGUGUGGUAACAAUGGGGUAAUGCAGUUACACUGAAGUCUAAUGAUGGAGUUCCGUCAGCCCAUUCAUAAAUCUAGAGAAGGGUGCAGCUCUGUGAGCGAGCCAGCUUGCAAAGGAAGUAAGGAUCCCAUCUAAUGAGCUCCAGUACACAUCUUUUUGUGUGUGCCUAUUUAUUUUGCAUUUAUAUAUCUGGUACCGCAAGUUUUUGUUUUUAGAUGAUUAUUUUAUUUAAUUUUUCUAAUAUUUUUUAUGACUAAUGCCCAUUGCAAGAUUAUUUGGUUUUGGUUUUUUCAUAGUGCGCAUAGUUCUGCAGUCAAAAUAUUUAAAGGGAUUAAUUCUUUAAAGCAGAGUUUGACAAAUUUGCUUGGAAUCUAGGAGCCAGCAAAAACAGUUAGGAGCCAGGUUUUCCAAUGUCAAAAAUAAAAAUUUUAAAGGGACACUACAGUCAACAGAACCACUACAGCUUAAAGUAGUUAUUCUCGUGUCUAUAAUCUGUCCAUGCACACUUUUCAAUGUAAACCCUGCCUUUUCAGAGAAACAGCAGUAUUUACAUUGCUGCCUUGCAACACUUCUAGUGACAGUCACUCAGACGGCCUCUGGAGUGCAUCCUGGGUGAGUGCUGCACAGUACCUACGUAUAGCGUCUCCACGCCCUGCAUCAAUGCAUCUCUAUGGGGAGACGCUUAUUGGCACAGUAUGGCGUUUUGCCACACAUGCGCAAUAGCCUCCCAAUGCUUUCCUUUGGGAAAGCAUUGGAUUGGCUGAGAUCAUCAAGAUUGAUAAUAGCAGUCAUAGAUGCAGGGCCAGCUGCGGCGAGAUCAGUACAGUGGGAGAAAAAGGUGAGUAAAAACCCCUUUCCCAUGUGAUUGGAGGGGGACUAGUCAUCUAAACACACUCAUUCACUGAUGCACACACUCACACAAACUCACUUACUGACGCACACACUCACUCACUCACUGACACACACACACACUGUCACUGCAAUAAUCACACACAUUUAUGUGACCACCCAGCCUCCCUAUCUGGGUUCAGCUUUCCCUGUGGUCCAGCGGGGCUUCAGUCAUCUCCCUGCACUGCUCCAUAGAGUGCUGUUUAGUGAAGCCGGGGCCUGAAUGACGUCAUAUUCUGGCUCCCGGCAUCACUGUAGAGCACGCGAGGGAGCAGAGCAGGGAGGUUGUUACAACUCCCUCACGCACCUGCCUGUUGGCCUCAAACCUGCAGGAGCUUGUGGACACGCCCACGCUCUUACUGAGCUGGCCAGCCGGCCCAAUGAUCACCCACAUGCACGCCCAUGCUAUUUAUGAGCCUGCCGGCCGCCUCAGAGACUGAAUGGGCCAGCAAAUCCCAGACACCAGGACAAAAAUCCUAGUCGCCACAACAACCUGGCGCCUGGGAUUUGUGGAGCCCUGGUUUAAAGCAGAGAGAUAGGCGACCUUUGGCUCUCCAGAUGUGGAGUACAUCUCCCUCGAUGUUUUGCCAGCAUUAUGGCUAGAAGAGGAUUAUGGGAGAUGUAGUCCACAACAUCUGGCUUGCCAAAGGUUGACUAUCCCUGGCUUAAAGAGUUUGUGCUUGAAACAGCAGAAUUUAAUACAAGCAAUGUGUACGCUGUAUUUGUUGAAUUGUUCAAACUAAUUUUGGCUCUGCAUUUGUGAUUUCGCCAUCAUAACUUUUAUGCAUACAGUCCUGUUGAAGGAUUUCCUUUGCUUUGGAAGACAUGUAUGUUGACAUCACAAAAUGUAGAUUCUCAUAAAGAAUCAUUUUGUUUCCACUAAUAAGCCUCAGAGUGGGAAGAUGUAUGUUUUACCACACGUUUUCUACUGUUCCUUGGAAAAGCUUGGCUAAUAACCUUGUUUAUUUGCAAAUGGAUCUGAUAAUUCUGUCUUAACUCGCUCAGAUUUACUUUAACAGAGUUCAUACUUUCCACUUCAUUUGCCAUCCACAGCAAAAUUAAAUGUGUGGGUGAAAACCACCAAAAAUAUAUUAAAUGUUAAUAGCAAAUUUGCAGUUUUGGGUUUGGUAUUCAUUUUAAACUGUCAUAGCAUGCCACAGUUUGAAUUUUUACCAUUGCAGAAUCUCCCAAAACCUGAGAUAAGAGGUUAUUAUGGACCUAAUAAGACAUUUUUAGUUAGUUGAGUAGUGAAGUCUCUGAGUGAUAUCUACUUAUUCAACUGUAAUAGUCACAAAUUUCAACUUUCAGCUCUAAAACUAGGUGUGACUCUAAAAUCAAAUUUUGCAUGAGUGGGAAAAUGCAUUAUUACAUAGUUUCCUUGUGAUUUGAAAUGUGGACAUUUGAGAGUCAAGGCAUUCGCUAUAGAAACAGGAUUUGAUGUAGGAUAUACAUCAAUCGAUCUGUUUAGUAUGCCCAUUCCUAAUCUAAAAACCAUGAAGUUAGGCACAGAUUUUAAUUCUUACUGGAGACAGCUGCAGGUCAGUCACAGACAUUCUUGAAUCCCCUAUCCAAUUCCGCUUUAAGUUAAAUAACUGCAUUUUGUAGCUGAUGCAGGGUGUGUUAUCUCCCCCUCAUUUCCUUUCUGUCUCCAUCCAUCUCUAUAAGCAGCUGUACAUGCAGAGUUGCUGUUAAGGGAACAAAAAUUCCUUUAUGCUUUGAAAAAAAAGAGUGGGUGGGAUGACACUCGCUAAAUGCCCAUAUUAUCUUGAAUUUCAUUAAAGUGAUGGGGGAAUUCUAAAAUCAGUAUUUAACAAGGAGACCUAACAGACAUUUAAAGAAGCACUAAUAUAAUUCACUUAAUUUAAAAAAAUAUUGUUAUUUAUUUACUAUCAGGGGAUAGGUCUGGUGAUGGAUCUAGCUUCCAAGGGUAAAAUCUAAUGAAUUCAAGCUAAUUAUGAUAUUUAUAUCAUUUAUGUUCAUGUCACAUGGCAAUGAAAAAGAAAACAUCAUUUUCACACACAGUUUUCUAAAGCAACCUGCAUUUCUUAGGUGCAGUGCUUCUCUCAUAUCUUGAACAAGUGGCCCUUUUCCCAGAACCACAAACACUAAAAAUGGGAGAGCUGAACGUGUAGUGAUAGUGACGUAACAGAUUCUGUCUACACAUUGACUUGUCAGCUGGAACAUUUCAGUGGUUUCCAUGGUGAUUGCUCCGCUUUUAAAACUUUGUCCCAGGAUUACUGUUUAUACAUUGUACUGUAAUGUGCUAUAUUUCUCAUGCACAGAAUUAAGUUAAAGGGACACUAUAGUUACCAGAACCACUACAGCUUAAUGUUGUGGUUGUAUUGUCUUUAGCUUGUCCCUGCAGGCUCAGCAAUAUAAACACUGCCUUCUGAGAAAACAGGCAGUGUUUACAUUGCUGCCUAGUAAGACCACUAGUGGCAGUUACUCAGAGAACGACUAGAGGUACUUCCUACAUCCAGCGACUGCAAGCUCUGGAUGGAGACACUGAACAUUCCUCAUAGAGAUACAUUGAUACAGUGCAUCUCUCUGAGGAGAUGCUGAUAGGCGCAGCGUUUUGCCGCACAUGCACAAUAGCCUCCCAACGCUAUCUUAUGUGAAAGCAUUGGAUUGACUGAGAUUGUCAAGAUUGAUGGUCUCAGCCAUGGAGGCGGGGCCAGUCACGGCAAGACCAGCCAGGACCUAAAUAGAUAGUCCAACACUUUAGUGUGAGGAAUAUAUGUUUGUAUUCCUAACACUAUAUUGUUCCUUUAAAGGACUAUAACUAAGUUUUAAGUUUGGUUUAAAGAGCUAUAGUUCUAUUAGCACAGUUUAGGUUCCAUGCCCUUGGUUGAGAUCAUCAAAAUUGACAAUCUCAGCGAAUCUAAUGCUUUACUUUAGGAAACCAUUGGGAGUCUAUUGCGCAUGUAAAUGCUGCACCAAGCAGCAUCUCCUAAUAGAGAUGCAUUGAAUUAAUGCAUCUCUAUGGAGAACGUUCAGCGCCUCCACGCAGAACCGAGCUGUCUCAGUGACUGCCACUAGAGGUGUUCCUAUGCAGUGUUUAAAUUUUUUUUUUUUUUUUAAAAGGUUGCGGGGACAUGCUAAACACACCAGAAGCACUUCAUUAAGCUGUAGUUGCUCUGGUGGUCCUGGUGACUAUAGCAUCCCCUUAAGGAUAGAUGAUGGCAUGCAGCACCUUUCAUGGUAUAAAGUGAAAAUAAGAGCAAAUUAUUUGAACAAACAAUGAUUUUAAAACUGUUGGCUUAUUAAAAAUCUAAAUCCUAACACCUACCUUAACAGCUGAUGGGUGUGAAUAACCUCUUACACACACACACAUAUUUAUUUAUUUAUUUGCUUAAACUGCAGGACUAAACCACAAACAUUAAAAAAACGGUUAUAAAACCACUAGUAUUUGACAAGGAAAUAAGUCAAUGUGGAAUGGUAUUUUUGGUAUGAGUAACUGGGCCUGUAUGUGCUACAGUUGAAUUCAUGGAUACAGUUAUCACGCCCAUUAACAUAUGUGGUUGAAAUGCAUCUUUGACAUCCGGUUGGUUCAUACUUUGUUUCCAACAAAAAAAUUUUAACUGAAGAAAAUACCCCUUAAUCUUUUUGUAUGUAAAAUGUUACUUUAAGCAGCAAGCAGUGAUGACAGUACACAUGGUAAUUAAAAAUUGGCACCAAACUUCAGACAUUUUGGUCAUCCCCUGGAAUUCACACAGCUCAUGCUUGUGAUUUCCUGUGCUCCCAGAGGAAAUGCUUAAUGGAAACUAAGGCCGUCAAAGUUAGUUUCUCUUCACCACAGGAAUAAUUUGUCAUGCUUUAAAAAAAAAAAAAAAACUUUAUCAAAGUGAAUAUGCAAACUCUGCUAGGACUAUUUUGUGUUUCUAAUUCUCAAUAAUUGCAUCUUUCUGACCAGAUAAAAGGAUGUUAUACAACAGCCUAACAUUGACUAAUCUGAGAACCACCAUAAAUAAUGUUGAUAAGAAUAUGUGAGCAACUGGUGCUGUACAUAAUAUGUAAAAAAUAGUGUCUGUCUGGACAUUCUAAAGUAGAACACAAUGUGCAGCCAAUAAGGAAAAACAGGGAACAAAUAGAUGCCUUGUCAUAAUGGUUUGCAAAAGGCACAACCCAUAAUAAUCCUUGAAUAUUUAGUAGUAAAAGUGGUAUAUCUGGGGGUCCAACUCACAUGUACCUGAGCCCUGUCAAUAAUAGGCUCUGGGUAUUAAUGGCUCCACUUGAGAGGGAACCAGCCACCCAUCAUCAACUUGGAUAUUAUCCAAAUGCAAUACCAAUGUAUAUGUUUAUUAGACAAUGUAUAUGUUUAUUAGACACAGUAUUAGAGAAGCUUACUUAAGAUAGUGUGUUUCCCAAUCCUUGACUAAUACACAUUCACCCUUGACUAAUAUAUAAAAACACCAACCAGAAGCAGUUCCUUCCAGGUUACAGCCACUCCAGGUACUCAGCUCCGCCUCCCGAUAAUAUCUUGUGUGACACAUUUCACCUGCCUUCCCCGGGAUUAAUUUUUGGUAUUUAAUUUCUGUGUGUCACUUGGGUGUAGGUGCUGCUACUAUAGUACACAUGUAUUUACUUUAGUGUGUUUGAAUACACACACACAUUGUGAUAUUGAUCUAAGCGCUUUUUCCGCUGUUUUGUCACAUAUUAGGUAGGGAGAUAUGCAGGUUAUUGAAGUAAUGAAGUUACAAAAGUCACACAUAUGACAUAGAUUAACUAUUUAUCAGUGUGACGCGGAGGGUGUGGGGUUACACUGAAUGGUAAAGUAAACCACCAAUUUUAAGAUGCAUACUGGGAAUAGCAUUCCAGCAAAGGUGGUGUGGAUAAAUGCAAUUUAUGGACAUUCCACGCAUCAUACCCAUUUGUUUAUUGUAAUGUUUACUUUGCCAGGAAGUUGUCUCUGAAAACGUAACUUUACCUACAGCACCAUGUUCCACCCGUAGUCACUGACAUCACAAGGGAACUUUUAGUUUCCUUUUUAGCCAUCUGUGUACUUUGGCACCAUGAGCAAUCACUACCUGCUCAUGCUGUGCAAGUACGCCUCCUUCACUUGCAGGAUCUCUAAAUAUCUAGAUGCAAUCUUCCCAUAUUUUAUACUGAGCUGGAGUGUUUUUGUUUGGGAGUCCUGGAAGAAGCCAUCAGCUGCUUCUGCAUGGUCUCCACAAAAAUGCCUGUAAUUUUUGCCUUAGUUUUCUGUACCUAUAUGACAGUGCUUGACAAAUCCCAGGCCCCAAGGUCGCCAUAGCGACUAAAAAUUCCGCCCUGGCGGCUGAGAUUUUCCAGCUCUGUGGGGAAUAUUGGAGCCAGCCGCCCUGAGGAUGGCGGCGGCCGGCUGAGGCAGCAUGGAGCCGGCCACAGUAAGCAGGAUGGUGGUGGCCAGCCACAUGCAGGGGCAUUGUAGGUGGCACGUGAGGGACCAGUACUCUGCCUGUAGCUCAUCUCUGCUCCCUCGCACUCUGUGUAAUAAUGCCAGAAUAUGACAUCACUUUGGCCCUGGCAUCAUUACAAAGAGCGUGAGGGAGGAGUCCUGCAAUGUAAAACUUUGCAGUUUUAGAGAGACUGCAAUCUUUACACUGUAGUACUAAAACUGAAUCUAGUGAUUGUCUACAAGAGGCGCUUCCUGGAGUUUUACAGAGUUCUUGAAACAAUGCUGGGAGUUCUGCUCUGCAUAGGAGUAUCCAGCAUCAGAAUAAAACCCCAUAGGAAAGAAUUGAGGCAGUGAUCUCCUAUGUAGAAGGCUUAGUGCGCAUGUGGCGCUUGCCACGCAUGCACAUUUGAUCCCACAAUCUGAUUACAUCGAAGGAGGUAGACUACAACCCAGUCCCGAGGGACCACUGUGCUGGAAUCGGGUAAGUGAAUAAAGAGUUAUUUAAUACUUAACAAUGCUAGGAGGGGCCCAUGGGUGGCUGAGGAAGAAAUCUUUCUAUUCCUAAUACUAAAGUUUUUUUUUUCUGUUUUGUAUUAAUUACCCAUGUUGUGUCUUCAGGUAGUUAAUGUGACUAUAUAGCUAUGUUAACGUAAAUAUUAAACAAAACACAAAAAUGUUAUGUUACCUAUAUGUCUUUAUGUAUUAUAGAGCUUAGUUUAGAAGUAUUUAAAAAACAAAUGUGACCAUUCUUCUUAAACAUUAAAAAUAAUAAAAAAAAGACUGGGGUCACAUUAUCAGAAUUUGUGAACAUAAGGUGUUUUAUCAGUGGGUUACAUAAUGUUUGCAUGCAUACAAAUACAAAUAUCUACAAAGCUUUUACUAAACCUAUUGAAUAGCAGAUCUGAGAAACCACCAAACUUCAGGCAUUUUAAUUCAUCUGUCCUAAUCUUUGUUAAACUGCCCUGCAGACUGAGGGGACUGCACACAGAAUUGUUCCCACGAUCCACUCUAGCUGCAAAUAAUGUGAAAGAAUCUCUGGAAUUUCAUUUAUUUAUCUCGCACCAUGAAAUUUGAUGCAUUACAUCUCAAAUGUUUAAGCAGGCAGGUAACCUCGGGGAUGGUGCUGUGACCGUUUACUGACCAUUUACUGACCGUGUGGCUGUUUGAAAAAAAAAAAAAAAAACAUUUUUGCCAAGCCACCUUUAGUUGAUUUAAAUUAUCCCAUUGAAUUAAAAUGACAAAAAAAAACAUAUAUACAUAUAUAUAUAUAUAUAUAUAUAUAUAUAUAUAUAUAUAUAUAUGAAACAACAACAACAACAUCCACUUUUCAGUAGAGUAUAGCACCACACAAAUGUAAAAACAGACCCUACUUAUGAUUGGUUAUGAAGGUAUUUGCACUAAAAAGUAAUUUGAUUAAUGAGGCUAAAAAAUAUCUGAGCUGCAGAAAUAUUCCUUCUUGAAUUAUUUCUAAAGCUGUUAUCAGCUCAUCACAACUCACUUUUUAGUUAUCUGAUUUGAUUGCUAGAACCCACAGAUUUGCUAAUACAAAUGGAAAAGGUACAUUGCUGUAUCAUUUACAGCAGUGUUUCUCAACCUUUUAAAGAAAAGUACCCUUCCAGGUGGAAAAAAAAUUAAAUGCUAAGUACUCCUCCACAAGAAAGUAAUUUCUGUUGAUUUGAAUUCCAAAAGAAAUGUGUAGACACUGAUAUUUAAGUUAAUCCUAUAUUGUAGAACAAGCCUUAUUAAAGGUAGUAAAGCAUAUUUUUAAAAUAAAUACGACAUAAUAUGAAUAUUGUGUAUGUAAAGGGGAGUAUAUGAACUAUUAAUCUAAAGUAUAAAGUCUCAAAAUAUAAUACACACAUAAUAGUUACACACAGUGGACACUGAUGCACAAAUUUAGACACAGGAAACUGACAGACACAAACAUUUACACGGAGGACACUGACACACAAUCUCACUGAUUUGACAUACACUGACACCCCCACAUAUUCACUGACAGAAACACUUACUAAAACACACAGAUUCAUUGACAGACAUACUCACUGAUAUGAUACACAUUGACAGACAGACAUACAUUCAGUGACAGAAACAUUCACAGUCUCUCACACACUCACAAAUUAUUAUUAUUAUUAUUAUUAUAUUUGUUAUUUUUAUUUAAGUUCACCCAGCCUCCCUGCUUUUUGGAAUGGCCCUUUCCCUGGGAUCCAGUUUGGGGCUUGUGUAGUCUUUGUGCUCUUACAGCACUGCUCCUUCACAGGUUGUUUAGUGAAGCCAGGGCCGGAGUAACAUCAUAACCCCCAGCAUCACCACAGGGUGCGCGAGGGAACAGUGCUAGAAGAGCACAGAUAUCAGCGUUCCUUCUCAGCGUGCCUUCAUUCCCCCUCCAGAUACAACACAUUCGUGUAGAGUAGCAACCUGCCGUCUGGGUAAGCAGGUGCCUCCUCUGCCUUAGAGCAAAGCCAUCUGCCUCCUGUGGGCCCUAAGGUUGCCAGUCAGCCAGUUUUCGGCUUACUCUGUGCUUGUGGUGCGCGUACCCACUGGGGUACAUGUACCACGGGUUAAGAGCCUAUGAUUUAUGGUACUGUGCACAAUUGGAGAUACAGUAGUCCACAGCAGAACUUACUUUUCAACUCUGGUAGACCAUCCAGGACAUGGAACUCCCAUUUUAUUUUAUUUUUUUAUUGUAUUUUAACUCCUAUUAUAUCGUCUGCAUAACUGCGCACACUUUUUCCAUUCUGGCUUUUUAAAGAAAAAUUUCAAUCCAUGUAGGGAGUAAUAUAACUUUGAUUAAAUAUUUUUGAUUUCGCUUGUUAGGUGUGUGAUGCAAUUUAGAAACUAAAAAUAAAUGCUCUUUCCUUAGGAGCUGUGAGAAUAUUUUGCAGGAAGAGUUUACUCUAGCAGGCUCUCAGUAAAGCAUCAGUUAUUUCAGCAUACAUACAAUUCGUCCAUUAGUUACGCAAUGAUUGGAGACUGAAAGGGAUGAGCUAUUGUUAGUGUUUCCUUCCUAAACAAUCUAAUGUACCUUAAAUUAAGUUUAAGACAUCUACAGAUAUCUCUGAUAUUUUUUGAUGUUUUUUUUUUUUCUUUUUCAAUCUUGUUUUUUUUUUCUGGUGGAUAAUUUGUAUAUUUUUAUUUAUUUAUUCUCUUUUGUGUUUCAGGAUUGCCUUAAAGCUUGUCAAGAACAGAUCGAAUCUGUGUUGGUGAGCAGCCUUAGACAAAGCAGACAGCAGAAUCAGCAAGGGAACACAUCCAAAACAGUGGAUGAGCUGGACCAGGCCAGCACUCCCACAGACGUGAGAGACAUCAACCUGUGAGGAGUUGCACACCGAAAAGAAUCUUUCUUGUUCUCUAUUUUUGGAACAAAGCCUUUUAUAUCUGCUCCCACUUAGAAAAGAAAUAUUUAAAGCUAUUUUCAAUACAAAAAAAAAAAAAAACCUGAAAUAUUAAGUGUUUGGUGCCUGUGAUGUCCUUUAGAAGGGAAUCCCACAACAUUUGAUAAUUGCUGUUCUAUUAUAUAUUGUUAAAAUUAAGUGCUUACCCAAGCAUAAAAUCUAGCUAGACCGUUGUAAACCCACGUUUUGUGGGAGCAAACUUUAGGUAUAUACGUUUUUUACAUUUAUGAUGUAGUUGCAUGCACACCCUCCUUAGAUUUCAGAAAGGACAUGGGGUGUGUGUGCGUUUUUAUGGUUUCAUUUUUAGAUUGCAAAGCAAUGAAUUCUAGAGGGCAAUGUAAGGAUAGAUCCCUAAAGUGACCGAACCAUGUUUGGGUGGAGACGAUUAUUUGGGAUCUGUUAUCAUUUUUAUUUAGAGAGAUGUGCUUUAUGGAUCUCUUGUUUUAGUUCUGUUUACUCUUGCUGUCUAUGGUAGCUGCUACCGAAGAAAGAUGUUGCUUUAUUUUUGCAAGCCUAAGGCAGGAUAUUUUUUUUCAUAAUUUUUAUUUAACCCCCACCCCUCAUAUCCUCCAUCUAAUUUUAUUUUAUUCCCUAUUUUACUUAAAAAUAUGUAUCUGUUUUUAGGCGAUCCUGCUUAAUAAACUGUGGACCAACCCAAAAUAAUGAUUGUACGUUGGAUGGGCUCUUAACAAAAAAAGAGUGUAUAAUCCUAAAUGUGCAGUCAAAAACAUUUAAUGAAGAGUUAGCCUCCCACCCCAAGAAUAAAUACGGAGAGGCUGUUUACUCUUAGCCCAUUAGUAUUUUUUGUGUUGCGUGUGGUCUACAGUUAGCAUUAUUGUAAACCAUUUCAUUCGAAAAAAGCACUUUGAAAAUUGUUCCUAAGGGAUAAAUGGAAUGGUUUAUGAAAAACAUGCUGAGCAAAUCACAUAUAUAGCUUUUUUUUUUUUUUUUUUUUAUCUAAAUGAACCACCCCUUCAAGUGUAUAUUGUUAAUUAUAUGGUGUUGCUGGAUGUUCUUACAUCUGCCUUGGGUGACAUUCCGCUUUUACAACAUUCCGGAUUCAUAACCAAUAUACAAACAGUUUUUGUGGGAUUUUUGUUUUUCUUUGAAUUGUUGUUUUUUUGUUUUGUUAGUUUUUUGUUUUUUUAACAUUAUCAAGGACCCUGAAACAUAUAAUAUAUAAACCCCCUUUGGUUGCCACCAAGUAACUACCAGUUUAUAGGCAAAUAAAAUGGGGGAAUCAUUCAAUUUUAUCAUUUUAACCUUUUGUAAAGAAAUGGCUGGUGAUAAAAUGGUAAACAUUGAGAUUUUAGAACAGGUGUGUAUUAACUGCAGUGCCCCGAUGUUUUGGACUGCAUAUCCAAUAAUGCUGUGCGCGCUUAUGGAUAAUACAUAUGUAUAUAUACUUGUGUGUGUUAUGGAAAAUAUAGUCCAACAUGUGGGGGGGACUGUAUUUGGACAUCUUAAAUUCUAGGUCUAGAUGCAUCAUUGCAUCACAGAUGUGUACCAAUGUACUUGAAUUUUUUUUCCUAUAUCCUAAUAUUUGAUCCAGUGAAAACUCAUUUUUAGUUGGGGUUUUUUUUUUGUCUAGCAACUUUUUUUUAUUAUUAUUAUUAUUAUUUUUAUUUUUUUUAACAGUUGACAAAUUAAACUGUUGGUUGGAUAAAACUUUGCUUUUUAAAAAAGAAAAGCAAAGACAAUUUGAAAAUAAGCAUUGUACUUUGUAAAACAAUUUCAAGAUCGGUGUUUUGCCAAGUUUCAGCAACAAAGUGGUAAAAAGAGUAUGUGAUUUUAUAUAUGUAUUAUUUUUUUAAUUUGUUUUUGCGCUGCUAAGGAGCUAUGAUUUGUUUCAUUCUUAUUCACAUUAACAGUACUUAGCUGUAUUGUUUCACUGAGUGUGCUGCUAUUUUAUAAACAUUUUUAUAAUAUAUUAUUUUACUGCUUAAAUUUCCAAUCCUGAAGUAGAUGGUUAAGAGAUAUGUACUUUUGAUUUACUGGAAAUGCCCUUGUACAGGUUUUUUUUCUGUUAGUGUGUUAAUUGAUAAAACAAAAUGGCUGAUCACAACCUGCAAAGAUGGUAUGCUUACCUCAGGUUUACUGGAUACAAAAUGGUUCCCAUUCAAGCAAUACCUCACAAUUUUACAGUUUUUCUUUCUUUGGGAGCCUCGUGCAAUGGUGCCAAAGCAGCUGGGUUCUGCUUUUGCACCACUCUGCUUGAAAUUUCUGCUAUCCAAUCUAAUGGGGAAUAUUUUUUCUGCAUAAGCAAGCUACAAUAUUGAAAACACAUUUAACAAUGUUUUUCUAAAAUAAGUAGUUUGAUAUGACCCUUCACACACUGUUAAUUGGAACAGGCUAAUAAUUAAUGCUGCUGUUGUACAAUGCAAUAAAAUACCAUUGCUAUCCAUAACAAAUAAAAUCCCUCUCCUGGGAAAAAAAAAUCAUCCAGUUCAAUGUUACUGUUUCACAGCUGACCACUACUUGCUGAAUGAUAUUUACAUAGUGGGGAAAUGCAAAUUAAACUACAUUGAAAGGUGAUCAGAAUAUUGCAGUGUUAUUGGGGGGGAGGGAGGAGUUGUGUGCGUUUUAAGUUAAGGAACACUCCCAACCCUUAAAACAAUAUUUGUUUUAAAAUAGCUGUUGCAUCAGGCUCCCUGUCCGGUUUCAAAUGUCAUACAUGGUAGGAGAAAAAUAGGUAACACACUACCAUAUUCCUGCCAGAAUUGUUUAAUUUUAUUUAUUUAAUUUUUUUUAUUUAGUUAGAAUCUUAUCAUCAGCACAACUGGGACUAAUUGAACCAAAACAAACAUUUUAAGAAUUAGGAAGUGAUAAAAUGUGCAACGAGGGGGCACUUUACGUUAUGCUGACUACAAGCAAAGCAAUAAGUAUAAUGUUACUCAUACUUCUAGAUAUUAACUUAUAGCUUUAUGUGGUAGGCCAGUGAUAUAAACUCUAGGUAUGGCUUUUGUAAUUUAGGGCCAAUAUCAAUGUGCAGCCAGAUCAAUAAAUCUUGCAAAUAUAACAUUAGACAUUUGCUAGCGAUUUUGCUAACCCAACACAUUGAUAACUUACCUGAAGAAGACUUGUCACCUACUCAUUGGUGACAAUUAGGUCAUAUAGCAGUUUCACAAAAACUUUUAGUAAACAUGGCAUCAGUAUGCAGAUUUUGACAGUAUGGUAGCUGUGUAUCCUGGAAGGACAUAAUACUUUGAUCAAGGUGCAUUACUGGAUUAUAAAGAAACAAAAAAAAAAUAAAAUAGUUACAAAAAAGCUGCUAGAAAACCUGCAAAAAUCCAGUUUUGCUUUGGGAAGCAUUAUUUCUUGCUAUCUAAAUUGGCAUCCAUGUAAUCUUUGGGCAGCCUCCUCUUUGUGUGUCUGAUUACCCACCUGUAAUAUUGCAACCCCUCUUUUUUAUUUCACGUGUCACAUAGACUAGAUUGUCCUGUGCCCAGUGGUGGCUGUAGAAAUGUCACUUGCUGUGUUUAAUAAGUUACAUUUUUGUGAGUUUAUGGGUAUUAUAUUAGGUACCAGGUGAUACAACGCCUGGGUGGGUGAAUUGUAAUUCACACAAAAGAGACAAUUGUAACUUACCUGUCUAGAUGAAUGGAACUGUAAGUAAAAUGUAUGCUUUCCUAACUGGGCAUUUUGAGGGCUUCAAAGCGGUGUAGCCCAGAGCCAGUAGGAACAAGGGAAUUAUUUUAACUUUGUUUCUUAUCUGUUUAUUACAAACUGGUAAGAAGCAGCAAGUGGGUUUAGGACAUAAGAAAGUGCUACUACGCCCUGUGUAGUAAUAGUAUAGAAAAUGAAAUGUGUUUAAUUUAAAAAUAAUAAUAAUAAUAAAGCCUGGAUGUUUUAAGACGUAUAUCAAAUUGCCAAAGCCUGUUCCUCUGAAUUGUUUGCUAUUUGAAAGCUAAUAUAGUUCUGCAUAUAUAUAUAUAUAUGUUGCUGCUUUAAUGAAAAAAAAAAUGGAAAAAAAACUCAAAACCCAAUUUCCUCAAGGCUUCAUGCGUUUCAUUUGGAAUGAACUGAAACACAAUAUUUAUUAGUGGGCUGGUUUUCUUUCUAGUGAUUUUUUUAAUUUGUACCUUGUGUGAAAGAACUCAGAAAUCCCAAAGUUUAGGAAAAUAAUGGGAAUAUCAUACUCAGACGUCGACAGAGAAAAAAAUAAUACAUUUAUUUAAUUUCAUUCACUCAAGGUGGUUAGUAUUUGACAAACUAUCAGAUAAUCUGUGUUUUAAGGAAUCGUAGCUAAUUUCUCUUCCCUACAUUAUAUAUGAAUGCACACUAAUUCAACAUAGUAGGAAUGGGGUCAUGUGCCAUGAGAACCGCUUUUGCAGCACAAAGGUCGCACAAACCCUACCUCCAUCCCCAUAAAAAAAUAAAAAUCUAGAUACUUCAAUUACCUUAAGCUUGGUAAUUUGUGAUUUUAACUUUGCCUUUUUGUCAAACUAACACAUUAGCAACAUUCAGUGUAUUGGAAAACUUAAAGUUACAUGACAACCUUUUUUUUGGCACAAAGAAUUGGGUGUGUAAAGAUGCAAUGCCCAUUCAGUGGACCUGUAGCUUUAAACCAGCACCAAUCCCCGAGUCACAGAAUCGCAGGUACAUGUUGCUCACUAUAUGGCAGUGAAGACCGGUCAAACUUGUGUAACUAGUAGGUGACAGUUCAUCCAUAUGUAUCUGUAUUCUGCCUAUGUACUUUCCAUAAUGACCCAAAUUGUCAUAGAGGUUGCAAUAUAUACAUACAAAGAACAGAAUGGCUAAGAUUCGAGCAUCACACUAAAAAUAUUUAGGGAGAAAUGUAUUUAUGUUAAUAAUUUGCAAACUGGUAGAAUUGUUCAGCUCUGUAUACACUGACAUUCUGUCACACCAUACCCUUUUACUAUUUAUUUAAAUAAUUUCUUGCGGCAAGUCAUUAAUGUAGGUCAGAAAAGAAUUUGAAGCAAGUUAUUACAAGACUCAUCGUGUAAAACGGCGGUCGUGUGGGAAUAGGUUUGCUGACAAGUUCCAGCGCCAUCUUAGCCCAGAUUCUUGUGAGAGCUGAUUGACAUAGUUUUUUUCGUUGCUUGUUUUGAGAAUAUCUUGACACCGUGAAUGAAUGAUCUUUUAGUAAAUGUUGUAGUUUUAAAACAUAGGCAUAAGUGCAUAACCAAAUGUGGUUGUAAUAGAAUUUAGAGUGGGUGUAGUCAACCCGUAGCUCCUGGGGAUCAUUGGAGAUACACUUUGGCUACCUAGAUAUAUUAUGCUGCUGGCCUUUUAAUAGCUAUUUUUUAAUUCCCCCUCUCCUCCCCCCACAAAAAAAAAGAAAACUAAUUGGCAGGUGGAUUUUUAUUUUUAUGUACCUCAAAUUCUCAGUUGCACAAAUAAUAUUAUCCCCAUUUUUUUUAUUUUUUUGCUUUCAUCAAGCGUGAUGCCUUUAUCAAGUUAAUGUUAUUCUGUCACAAUGUUCAUUAAAAAAAGAAAAAAAAGGUGUGUACAAUUAUAUGGUCAGGGGGGGAGAAUAGAAAGUGUAGUCACAAAAAUAUUAAAGCGAAUUUUUAGCAAGUAUGUGAGAUUCAUAAUGGUGAUGAGACUCUAUACCAUGUAGUACUUAAUUACACAUUAAAAGGUCUUAUCUGUUCAGUGUUACAUUAUUAUUAACCUUUUAAUUGAUUAGUUAAAAUUGAUGGAUUUAUGAAAUGUGUUUGGAGGGUAUUACGUAUGCUGUAUGGGCAAUAAAGUCACCUUGACCUAAAUUGAAUUCUCUGUUUUUAUUUUUCUUUCUUCUUAUGAGAGGAAC